AUGAAUAGAGGCCGUCGGCGGGGUGGUGGUUCUGGUCUUGCAGGCCUCAGGGAUGGUGUUAAGCGUCGUCUAUUUGAUCCUCACCUGGUUCCAACAAAGCCCGACGCUAAAUACGAGGUGAAUCGCUUGGUACCAUUGCUAUGGGCCGCUCCUCCAAUUCAAAGCCGUUUGAGUCAACUACGAGGAGAUCCACCACACGAUGAUGCUGUGUGUGCGUCCACUACUCCAGACGAAAAUGACUUGUACACUAAACUUUUUAAAGCAAAAGCUUUGAUGGAAUUCGCGUUUCGAACUGGUCCUUUUUAUCAUCCUCUACCGGAAGUUCCGGAAGGAAUCGAGGUUACUCGUGCUUUCACCGAUCCCACUGAAUCGGAAGCGGAAAACUCCAAACAAUGUCCAGUCUCCACUUUACAUCUUAUUUUGGCACAUGGGGAAAUUAAUCGAUGGUCAUCUGGUGAUCCUAUGGCCAAUCUAGAUGAUCCUCCAUCCUGGUAUCCAAAAGAAUUGAGUCAGUUGACCAAACCGAGUAAAAGACAGUUGGCCGUAAUUCGUAAACGAAAGAAACUAGCAAGGCAGGCAGCCCGUGCCGAUCUUAAAGAACUGGUCCCUGAUCAGCUCAUUGCUCAGGCUGCGGAAGGAAUCGGAUUCGUAGACGGAGUGGAGGAACCACCGGAGGAGGUAGCGUACGAAGCGGCAAGCGAUGUGGACUCAGAUGAUGCUCGAUGGAACGGUGAGGUGAAUGCGGACGCUGCAGAUCCGGAUGAAUUAGACGAAGAGGAGUUGGAUAACGACUAUUGUCAGAACUAUUUUGAUAAUGGCGAGGCCGACUUCAGUGAUGAUCUCCAGGGCGGAGACGAUGACGAUGGUGGUGGCAGAUACUAUGACUAA